AUGCAAAUAAGUGCCAGAAAAGGUGCAGGAAGUGAAUCAAUUUCAUCCGAAAAGACUGUUGUAGCUAUUUAUCGAUCAACCACUUUUCAUCAAUUCAGGUCUAUCUUUUAAUGUCAUAUGUUGGUGGAGGGAAAUAUUUGGGGUUGUGUUCAAUGCGCGUCAUAAUUAUCGACGCAUUUCUAUUUUUUAAGUUUUCAAAAGUUAUGUAGUACUUCUUUUACUGAAGCUGAUUUAGGCGAAUUUCGAAUAUAUAUGUUGACAAAAAUAUAUUUCCGAGUUAUCUGAGCGAAAAAUUCUCAAAGAGGCGUUUUUCAGCGGUUUUAAUAGUCAAAAAAGGGAACAGAAGCCAAGGAGGUGUUUAUAUGAAAUACUCGAUGCGAAUCGCAAAGGAACGAAUGAAGAAAUUCGUGUAGCUUAUUACAAAAAGGCACGGCAAUGCCAUCCGGAUCGGGCUGGCGAGCAAUCUGUUCAAGAGGUUUUUUUAAUUUUCAGAUUGAAAACAAAGAAAUGUGGAAAAAUAUUUAAAAAAAAAGAUCAGAUUCAUCUUGGUAUCUGUUUUCAGUUUCAACAAAUUCAACAAGCCUAUGCGAUUUUGUCGGACCCUGACCUCCGCGCAAUUUAUGAUAAAUUCGGGUAUCGAGGUCUUGAGGUCAGAAUAUCAUUUCUGAAAUGGAAAUUAUUCUGAGAAAAUCCAAUUUUUUGAGAUGGCGUCGAAGAUGUCUCCAGAUGACGUAAACGACCUUGCUAAAGCGGUUGCCAGAGUCCCUGGCUUAGGUUUUAGGGUAAAAAUUGUUUCUGUUUAUUUUUAAUUUUGAAAAAAUUAGUUUUUUGAUCUACCUCUUUUUUCGGACGUUUUCAGAUCAUAUUGUCUUGUGUUGGAGUGCUCACUUGUUGUUUUUGUUGCUUUUGCUGUUGUUUAUGCUGCGCCCCGUGUCGUGGUUCUCAUCAAAGACCUUGCCAACCCACGGUAUUGAUUCCUCGUUUGCAUUAAAAUAUAACUUCAUUCCAGACGUUUGAAUACUCGGAAACGUUUUACAGUGCAACUUCCAAAACUAGAAAAAGUAGCGAAGUUUCUUCACCUGAGUUACAUGACUUCAACGCCCCAGGCUACACUUGA